AUGGCGGCCGGCUCGGGCGGCCCUCGCGGGCGGAGCGACACGGGAAUGGCGGUCGUCGGCCCCGACCGCCCAGGGGUCGGCCCGCCACCCCGGCGCCUGGACGAGCGGGAGAGGCAAGGUCUGCGGUGCUGUGGCGCCCGCACCGGUGUCCAGCGGCCGCCGCUGCCCCCAGCAAGCGGGAAGCGGGCGAGGGCAGCCCGGGACCCGGCCCUGGCGCUGGGCCGCCCGCGGGGGACGCAGGCCCGCUCUGGUCAGACGGUGGACCCCGGGGUGGACGGGGCAGCAGGGACAGCAAAGCCCGACCUCCGCCCACCGGCGCUUCCGGCGGCGGGCGGAGCUUCCGGCGGCGAGCUGGGCUCCCGGGCAGGGCGUGGCGUGGCGGGCGGGGCCAGGAAAAUAGACUUGGAGGUCAGUGAGCCAGUCAACUAUAGCUCUGGAGAUCACAAAUACCUGGUUCAGAAAGCAGCAAUUAAAGGUGUCCGUUCUAAUCUGGAACAGCCCUUCACAUAUUCAUCCAGAGACACACCACAAGAAGCCAUAAAAUACCCACAUCCAAAGAAUAGAGAUGGAGCGAACACUUAUGCAGUACAGAUUUCAGAGGACGUUACCCCAGAUGAGAGCACCACAGCUGCACCCAGUCCCUUCGAAGACAUGUCUGUUCGUAGAGGCUUCAUCAUGAAAGUGUUCAUUAUCUUGUCAGUUCAGCUGCUCAGCACUAUGGUAAUCAUCAGCAUAUUUGUUUUCUGCAAACCUGUAAGGAAGUGGAUAAUUGGCAUCCCUUGGUUCAUGUACGCACUCUUCCCAGCUGUCCUGGUUGUCAUCAUUGUGCUUGCGUGCUGUAGGGAUAUCCGACGCCAAGUGCCUGCCAACUACAUUCUCCUGGCAUUAUUCACACUUCUGGAAGGUCUCAUGCUAGGGAGUAUGUCAAUUUUCUACAAAGCGGAAGAGAUACUAUGGGCAGCGGGAGCAACCACUCUGGUGGCAUUAGUGCUUACUUUAUUUGCUCUACAAACAAAAUGGGAUUUUACCAUGCUAAAUGGAGUGAUGUUUGUUUUCCUCAUUGUGCUUAUGAUCUACGGGAUUAUCGCACUAGUUGUACGAUCAUACUGGUUACAUCUGGUGUAUUCAGCACUUGGAACACUGAUCUUCUCCAUGUACCUGGUAAUGGACGUGCAGAUGAUGGUUGGGGGGCACUACCAUUAUGAGAUAGACCCCGAAGAGUACAUUUUUGCUGUUCUGAACAUCUAUGUGGACAUCAUCAACCUUUUCAUUUUCAUUUUGGACCUGAUUGGACGAUAGCCAAUGGCCAAGGCUGGCUUAUGCUGAGAAGGAAUGUGGGAUGCCUGUGGAGUGUUGCCAGGCGCAGGCACUCAGUGGUGACCACUCACAGCUCCUUCCAUAGUUAUUUGUUUGUUUAUUCAUUUAUGUCAAAAGAAGUAAAGAAUUCAGUAGAUGGUUUCUGUUAUACUUAUUUCCCUUGUCAUACGGUAAAACUUUCUUAUUCAUAUGAAAACAUUUCAGAUUCUUAUAAAUUCAGAAAAUGAGUAUCCUAAUUAUAUACUGACAUAUAUUUAGAAGGUUUCCAUUGCUUUGUUGAAGUUUUCUAGGCAAGAUUUAAAGCUGUAAAUACCCCUACAUAAAUAAAGCUGAUUGUAGAAA